AUGGCACAAAAACCUGUCGAAGCCGCCGAGCAACCACCUGGUCACCCAGGCCGACCGUACGUUCUCCGGUCCCUCUGCGGUGAAAUCAUCUACAUCCCAUGUUCCAAGUCGGCCAUGCGUCUCCUUGUGACAGGAAAGGAAACCGACAAUGCUUUUGCUAUUGUUGGCACGGGCGGGAUGGCAAGCGAUCCCAUCGGCUUCCAUUUUCACCGGGAAGCACACGACAUCUUUCUCUGUUUGAAAGGAAGUAUCAAUGUGUGGGCCGACGAUCAAGGCAGAACUCUUGGUCCUGGAGAUCUUGCGAGCGUCCCUCCCAACACCGUUCAUCAGUAUCAAAUAUUAGGCGACUAUUCAGAAUUCGUCGGGCUCAUCGUCCCCGGUGGCUGGGAGGAGUUCUUCCGGUUCAUCGGCGAACCCUACAAUGGGCCUCUAUUUCCCGUGAAGGACGAACGGAACCCAUUGGAAGUUUUCAUUCCCAAAUUGAAGGCUGCAGCGGAGAAGUUUGACAUGACUCCUGUUCCAGAUCAUCCACAAGUCGAUCCUCAGCCAUGGGUGGACGGCAAGGACAAUUCUCUCCCGGGGGCUUUGAAACCAUAUUAUCUUCGCUCUGGAACCGGCCCUAAGUAUCUGCUUGGAGGCAUUGUCUGCUGUCCUCUUGUCACCACGGCCGAAUCGGCCGCUCGGUUCUCCAUUGCAAGCGUUGAAGGAUCAUCCUGGCAUGGUGAUGGUGCCUUGUCUCGGAAUUUACAGUUCCAGACCGUUCACCAUGCUUUUCAGGUCGCCGAUGGCGCCAUCUCGCUCUCUCUCAACAGGGACCAGGUCGCGUAUCUGACCGCUGGAGAGAUAAUUUACAUACCUCGAGGCACGACUUUCAAUCUAGUCUUCCAAAGUCGAUACGCGAAGGUAUAUGUUUUCGUCAGUGGUGCAGGGCUGGUGGAUUUGCUGUGCAGGGCAGGGAAGCCUUAUCACCAGACCAUCCCACCGGAACGUCCUGAUAGUUGGGAAACAUCGACCUUGGAUGCACUGCAGAUAGAGCUCGGAUUCCGAUUUUCAAAAUAA